GACGCAUUCAUAAUUCAAAAGUGGUUGAAAUCGUCUAUCUUAAGAUGAACGUUGAGAAACUUUUCAAAAUUCCUUCUAGUUCCAUUCCAAGUGGCAAGAAUAAGAGAAAACUUGCGGCAAAUCCUAAUAUCGAGGUUCUAAAAGCCGUUCGUGCGAAGACCGAGGAGGCGGAAGAAUUGGAAGAAGGUCCGAGUGACAUCAGUCGUUCUUUAAAAGGAAAGGCCGUCCGCAUUUCCGAUGAAGUCGAAGAGCAAGAAUAUAUUGAAUAUGAGGAGUAUAGAGAAGACGACAGGGAGGAGGGAGGACGGUUCUAUGGAGGUGGGCUUACCGAAGAACAAAAGCGCAUUCUAGACUUGUUUGAUCGGGUUGAGGAAGAAGAGCCAGUAACUUUAGACGCUACGGCUGUUCGUAAAAUGGUUCUCAAAUUUGAAAAAGCGAUAGCCAAAAAUCAAGAACUUCGUGUCAAAUACUCCGAAGAUCCGUCAAAAUUUAUGGAAUCUGAAGCAGAUCUGGAUGAAGAGAUAAAGCAUUUAUUGACACUUGCUGAAGUACCUGACCUUUAUCCUGAGAUUGUUCAACUCGGUCUGCCUACGCAUCUUGUUUCACUUCUAAGUCACGAGAAUACAGAUAUUGCUAUAGAUGUUGUGGAGUUGCUAAACGAAUUAACCGACGAGGACGUGGCGGCAGAACAGGAUGACGAUGCUAUGAAGGUUUUCAUCGAUGCACUGUUGGAGAAUCAAGUAUUGGAAUUGUUAGUUCAGAAUCUUGCUAGAUUGGAUGAGGAAGAGCCGAAUGACAAACAAGGAGUAUUCAAUACACUCGGUGUAAUUGAAAAUUUCACUUCGUUUGAUCCCUCAUUGUCGGAGCGAAUUAUAAGAGAUACCAAUGUAUUAGAAUGGAUGCUUGGAAGAAUCAAGGUCAAGAUGUUUGACUCAAACAGGCAAUAUUGUAGUGAAAUUUUGUCAAUCCUACUACAAAAUAGUAGAGUCAAUCGAUUGAAAUUAGGAGAAUCAGGUGGCAUCGAUGUAUUGCUACAAGUUCUCAAUGCCUAUAAACGUCGAAACCCCAAGGACGCAGAUGAAACAGAGAUGAUGGAGAAUUUUUUUGAUGCACUUUGCUCGGCAUUGACCGAGCCCGAGAUCAAGAAAAGAUUUUUGGAAGGUGAAGGUGUGGAGCUGAUGCUUAUAAUGAUGAAAGAAAAAAUGAUGUCACGAAUGCGUUCUAUCAAGGUAUUAGAUCAUGCAUUGUCGACCCCCGAAGGCGCAAAUUGCUGUGAACGAUUUGUGGACAUAUUUGGACUAAGAACAUUAUUUUCUGCAUUCAUGCGCAAAGGCCUGAAAAAACUCAAGAAGACAUAUAAGAACUUUUCCGAGGCAGAAGAAGAGGAACAUAUAAUUAGCAUAAUAGUGUCAUUGCUAAAGAAUCUACCACUUGAGAGUGAACACCGAUUACGGCUAAUUGGCAAAUUUAUUGAAAACGAUUUUGAAAAGGUGGACAGGUUAUUGGAAAUGAGGGAAAGCUAUGAAUCCAGAGUAGCAGUGGUGGAUAAGGAAAUUGAGAAAGAAAAAGAGGAGUUGGAAGACGACGAUGACGAACAGGAUCUAGAAGAAUUUUAUUUAAGAAGGUUGGAUGCAGGUCUAUUUACUUUACAAAUGAUUGAUUUAACUGUCGCGUGGAUUUGUCACGAGGAAUCAAAGGUUCGGUCUUUGCUUUUUAUUAAAGAGAAUGCCAGUAAUAAAAGUCGAAUUGUGAUUAAGGAACAUGUGAAAACCCUUUUAAAUCGCACGGGUCGGAGCUUGGAUAAUAUAAAGGCUACUUUAGAGGAAUAUCAUAAUUAUAUGGGCGAUGGUAAUCGAGAAGAAACCGAACGGAACGAAGACUUUGUGAAAGUUAGUAAGGAUUCGAUGGAAAUAGAAACCGAAGUUUCAACACUGACUUCUAGAGAGAGAGCCCAAAAGGAUAAAGAGGUUGUCAGAAUGCUGGUAGAUUCUCUAUAA